AGUUUCAACCCAAAGUGUUUUUGGUGGUGCGUCCGGAAAGGAAAGCUAUAGGUCAUUGCGAACCAAAAAAAAAACCAACGCAAACACACUUGCAACAUCAAGAUCUGACGAGCUUUGUCAUUGUAGACAGCAAACCUCGACUCGAGUACAUUUACCUUUACGGACCUCAUUUUCUUACUUGAACUCCCGUUUCUGUGGAGUGUACGUUAAACAAUUUUCCUGGAAGCUUGAUGCAGAGGGACUGUCGACGGCACCGGAUAUUACGAUUCAAAAAGCGUCUGAUUUCGACUGUGACUAGUGGACAUUUCCCUCUCUCUCCACGCAUCCCUUUAUCGCCUGGAGUUUGCUGCGACUUAAAUCCACCCGGGCUCUACGCCCUUUUAGCGUAAAAGGUGCGGGGCCGAAAAAGAGAAGGACGUUGAACACAACCCCAGUUCCUCCCUCUUUUCAGCUACCGUCGCUUUGUCGCAACCCAUUCUUUCCUCCGACCUCUUUCUCGAAAACCCCUGAAAUACAAGCCUAUACCCUACAAUGUCAGACGACGUUUACUCCACGCACUACGAUGUGAUGAGGCGCUACCUCACGACCUUCCUGCAGGAACAGGGGUCGAUGUUGGGGCGAAAUAAUGCAAAGGAGAAGCUUGGAAGACUAUCAGAAAGGCAGUUCUAUGACUUGUCGACAGAUGUGUUUGAUGAAAUAAAUCGAAGGCGGGAGAACGAUCGGAAUGUUCCUUUCCUUCCCGUACGAAAUGAAUUUACCCCAAAACGCAACCAAGCUCGACAAAAACUUGCCACUCUCCAAGAAUUCCGCUUUAAGGAGCUUGCUUCCGAAGUAUUCUUUGAACUCGAACGACGAUUUCCUCGCAUUGUACAAGAAAAUGAUGCGCGCUAUGGGCCUCUGUACACAGACAGCAGUUCCCGUCCAGGUGUAAAUGGUUUCCAAGGUCCGCGAGCCGUCUCCCCCAACCGUCCCUUACCAAAUCCCUUCCAACCACCCGCACGUAUGCCAACGACAGCCUCAGGUCGACAGAUUCCCCAACGAGGGGCAUCGAGAGGCGCAAUAGACACUGCUGGUAGAGCCCGGCGAGGGGGAUCCCCUCCACCGCCGAUGCCGAUGCCGACGACGCGGGGCAUGGAGACAUUGCAACGGCAACCUACAGAGUUGAUGCCCCGGAACGGGACGUCAACGAGGGGCACGACAGGAAGAGGUGGAGUCACAAAUGAAGAAUUUGAAAGAAUGAAGGCAAGAUAUGAAGCCGAGAUUGAGACAUUACGAAAGCAACUGAGCGGACAAGCACCGUCGCCUGAGAUAAAAAAGCUAAAUGCCGAGCUGGCCAUGUCCAAAAUGGCCAAACGAGAUAUAAAGCAAAAGUACGAUGUGCUGUUAACAGACUAUGAAACCAUCCAAGAAGAAUUAAAAGCGCAGGAACAGGCGGCGGAGGCCCUGCGAAAAGAUGUGAAUUCGCUGUUGGAGGAUGUUCAGACACUUUCCCAAAAGAACCAGCGACUAAAGGAAGACAAGGAGCGAGAUGCGGAAACAAUCCGACAGUUACGGGAGGAGGUGGAACGAUUGGGUGGAGAAGCUGGGAGCGUUACGGCUUCUACACCAAGAACGCGGAAUGACUCCGCCAAGGGUGACUUGUUCUUUAGUGCGGAAGAUGACGGUGAGGAUCCACGAAUAUUGGCGUACCAGGAUGCUGCAGAGAGAUUGGUGAUUGCUGCCAGGGGCAGCACGCCAACCAAUGUCUUGAUAGCCAUGAAGUCUGUCAUUAUAAGCAUCAAGGGCAUCACCGAAGACGCCGAGCGAUUAGAAGCACGAGUAGAAUCGACAGACGACUUUACAGAUCUCGAGACAGCGCGGGAGCAGGUCUCGGACGCACUGGCGAAUCUUGUCGCCAUCGCUAAGGAACAUGCGACCUCUUACAAUAAAAAUGAUAUUGGAGUUCUCGAGGAUGGAGUGCAGAGAGUUGAUGAGGAUGUGCGGAACUUAGUAGCAAUCAUGAAGCGGGCUGGUGGGGAUGCGCUGCUGGAAGGCGGACCGGAUGAUGAUAGGGAUGAUACUAAUGGACUGGAAAAACGAAGGCGGGGUAGUAGGGUUUUGGAAGUUGUCGAGUUGAAGAUAUUUAUCGAAGACGAAACCGACGCUAUUGUCUCGCUCAUCCAAACUCUCGUCUCCUCUCUCAAAACGGGAACACCCGAAUCAUCCAACUCUACCAUUCAAUCCAUCAAGUCCUCCGUAGACGACAUCAUAUUUGAGACUGGGCGCACCCGACCCAUGCUUGAUUCCGACACACGAAGUCAAAGCGAUGUGAUUUUGGAAGUACUGCAGGAGGCUGUGGAUAAUCUUGUAGAGACGGGUGAAGAGUUGCUGAGAUCAGAGGGCAACAGGACCGUAAAGCAGAAGAUUGGGACUUGUAGUUAUGAAGUCGCCAAGCACGUCAAGAGUCUCCUCGGACUCUUUGAAUAAGAUGUACUUUCCUUCAAAUCCCCUCCUCCAUGAUUCUGCCCGGCGGGAUGAUACCUCUUGUUUUGUAGAUAGCACUCCUCUGUGAUUUUUUGGGAUCCUCUUGGAUGUAUAUACUGUAAAUUAGGCACGUUUUUUUUGAAUAGGUUUUAGAAUAGGUUUGUUGGUAGUCUAGAAUGCUUUUUUUUCUUAAUUUACGCGAGGAUCUUGGUUGCUUACAAGAAUGAAAAAGUGCAUACUGGCACAUAUGUAUAUCAGC